AUGGAGGUUGUCGGUGUCGUUCUCGGCGGAAUACCGCUAGCCCUAUACGCUCUCGACAGUUACAAGCGGUGCUUGAGAAUGACGAAGGAUGUGGUCAAAUAUGGAGCCACGCUAGAGACAUUCAGCCUUCACAUCUUCAUCCAGAGAAAGCAACUAGAGCUGACGCUCCGGAAUGUCGGCCUUCGCUUUGAGGAGGGCCAGCUGCCUACCCGUCGGGAACUGGACACUCACCUCGCGCGUCUCUAUCCCAGUAGCCACGCCGAGUUCCUGAGCAUCCUCUCGCAAAUGGAAGGCAUAAUGGCGAAAUUACUGGACAAGCUGGACGUUGACUCGCAGGGAAAGAGGGGCCUCAGCGGGUCAGACCGAGACGAGCUAGUACAGAAUUUGCAUUACUGGAACACGGCCCUCAGCAAGGUUUUCGAGAAGGCCGAAAUUCCCCAGGACGAGGAUGGGCCUCUUUUUGCCAACCAGGCUCCGGCGAACCUGACCCUAGGUCUGUCAAGAAAGGAGCGGUUUGCAAUUGCAGCUGCCGCCAGCUGGGCCGUGCUCUACUUGUGCGGUACGCCCUCGCUGCGGGAAGAAGACUGGUCGAGGUCGGGAGCAAGCGCGAUUCAAUUUGGCGUUGACAACCCACCCUCGAUACGCCCUGCAGUCUCGUGCGACCUCAAAGCGGGGAAGGCCCCUGGGAAGCAGCCUGACACGAGCAGUUGGGCCGACGCUGAUAGGCCCUCCAAGAUCCGGAACAAAAUUCUGUUUGCGCUCGGCGUGUUGCUGAUGGAGCUGAGCCUGAAAAAGACAAUUGACAGCAUCCAGCAGGAAAGCGGUGCCGGCAGCCCGGACAUUUACGAGCUCGCCGAGCGCCAGACAGACCGGGUGUACAUUGACGCCGGCCACUCCUACGGCUAUGCUGUCCAACGGUGCCUUCGGUGCGAAUUCCCGGGCCGCGACUCGAUGAAGAGCUUUGACUUUGCCCAGUUCCGACGCCAAUUCUUCAACACCGUUGUCGCUCCGGUGCACGCUGCCUACAUUGUGCAGCGGCUGUAA